AAAAACAGCCACGCCUAAACGUAGGUCCCACGCCAAUGCUUUGGAAUUGAAAUAGUUGAAGAAGCAAAAUUUUGGAAAUCACGUGAACGCAGUUCAACAGUAAGUGUUCAGUCAUGUCUAUUUGCUUCUCUUUAAAUUCCAUGCAGCAACAUGUUUUUACUCAAAACAUUAUUUACUCUCCAGAUCAAUUCCCUUGCAAUCUUUCUCCUCCUCCUUCUUCUGGUACUAUGUCGACUUCCUCUCCCUUAUCAUUUUCGUCUUCUUCUCAAUGGAAAUAUGAUGUUUUCUUGAGCUUUAGAGGUGAAGAUACUCGCAAGAGCUUCACAGAUCAUUUUUAUACUUGUUUAAAAGAUCAUGGAAUCAUCACUUUUAAAGAUGACGAAAAGCUUGAACAAGGGGAAUCCGUCGCACCAAAGCUCGUUGAAGCAAUUAGAGAAUCAUGGUGUUCAAUCAUCGUUUUUUCAGAAACGUAUGCUUCUUCAAGUUGGUGUCUAAAUGAGCUUGUUGAGAUUCUUAAACAGAAAAAUGAGAGCGGACAUAAGGUUUUUCCUGUUUUCUAUCAUAUCGAUCCAUCUGAUUUACGAAACCAGAGAGGGAACGUUAAAGAAGCCUUUGCUAAACAUGAAGGUAGACAUAAUCAAGACGCGACGCAAAGGUGGCGAAAUGCUUUAUCUGAAGCAGCUAAUAUCAGUGGAUGGCAUUUAAAGGAUAGUUCUGAGUCACAAUUCAUUAGAGGCAUCGUUAAAAAGAUAUCGGAAAAGUUAGUUCCAAUACGUUCAAGAGUUCCUGAUAACUUGAUUGGAAUUCGUUCACGUUUAGUUGAGCUAUGUGACAAAAUAAAAUUUGGAGAAGAUGAUGUCCGCAUUGUAGGAAUUUGCGGAAUGGGUGGCAUAGGUAAAACAACUCUUGCAAAAGUUGUUUAUACCCAGAUGUCUGGUUGUUUUGAAGGUAAAUGCUUUUUUGCUGGUGUUCGAGAAGUUGCAAUGAAUUCCGGACUUGAUUCUUUACAGAAACAACUUCUUUCUAAGAUGUUUCCUGGAGAAGAAUUCCGAUUUUCUACUGAUUAUGAAGGAAAUGAGAUUAUAUGUCGUAAGCUACGUAAUAAAAAGGUUAUUGUUGUUAUUGAUGAUGCGGCUAACAUACAACAGUUAGAGUGCUUGGCUAAGCGUGAAUGGUUUGGUUUAGGGAGCAGAAUCAUUAUAACAACUAGAGAUGAGCAUCUGUUGCAAGAAUACGGAGUGGAUGAUGUGUAUAAGCCUACAACAUUGAAUGACUUAGAAGCCCUACGGCUUUUAAGUUUGAAAGCUUUCAAAAGUAAUACACCAAAAGAUGAUUUCAAGUUGCUUUCCCGUGGUGUUGUGAAAUAUGCUGGUGGCCUUCCAUUAGCUCUUGAAGUUUUGGGUUCUUUUCUUUGUGGUAGAGAUGCAGAUCAAUGGAGACAUGCCAUAGAUAGACUUAAAAGUGAACCUGAGGAAGAAAUUCACAGUCGUCUUACAAUAAGCUUUGAUGGAUUAAAGGAAAAAGAGAAGAAUAUAUUUCUAGAUAUCGCACAUUUCUUCAAAGGGUGGGACAGAGAUUUUGUAACAGAAAUAUUGGAUGGCUGUGGGUAUCGUGCAGGUAUUGGACUACCUGUUCUGAUUGAGAGAUCUCUCAUAACACUUGAAGACAACAAAAUUUGGAUGCAUGAUUUGUUACAAGAGAUGGGAAGAUAUAUUGUUCAGCAAAAGUCUCCCAAUGAACCUGGCAGACGAUGUAGAUUGUCAGAGGAAAGUGAUGUACAUCAAGUGCUAACACAAAAUUCGGGUACAGAAGCGAUUGAAGGCAUGGUCAUCAACAGCACUACAGUGUACAAAUAUAUACCUCCUUUUAUCAAAGAAGCGAUUGAGGGCCUGGUCAUCAACAGCACUAUAGGGGAACAAAACGAGACUUUCACUUUGAGGGCUGAUGCCUUCUUGAAGAUGAAAAAACUAAAAUUGCUCAUGGUUCAUGGUCUCCUAAAAUCUUGUGAUCUCACGUAUCUUUCUAAUGAGUUACGGCUUUUUGAAUGGCCUGGAUGUCCUUUAAAAUCAUUGCCUCGGUGCUUCCAACCAAACAACCUCGUUGCACUUCUCCUACCUGAUAGUUGCAUUAAACAACUAUGGAAAGGAAGCAAACUUUUAAAUAAAUUGAAAUUCAUUGACCUCCAAGGCUCCCGAAAGUUGAUCAGGACACCAGACUUAACAAGUGCUGAAAAUUUGGAAAGUUUAAAUUUGGAAGGCUGUACCAACUUAGGACAUGUCCAUCCAUCCAUCACAUUGCUACCCAAGCUUAAACUUUUGAAUUUAAGAAACUGCACAAGUCUUAAGAGUCUCGCAACCAAAAUUAGAAUGGAAUCUCUUGAAACAUUUGUUCUUUCAAGCUGCUCGAAUCUUCGAAGGUUUCCAAAGAUUAUCGGGGAAAUGAAAUGUUUGCUGGAGCUCUAUUUAGAUGGGACAAGUAUUAAAAAACUUCCCUCUUCAUUUGGACAUCUCAGCAAUCUCAAAGUUCUUAAUCUCUCAAGCUGCUCUAAACUUGAAAAUUUACCAGACUUCACAAUGAUCGAAAAUCUUGAAAGUUUGAAUUUGGAAGGUUGUAUCAGCUUGGUAGAUGUCCAUCCAUCCAUCUCAAUUUUACCCAAGCUUAAACUUUUGAAUUUAAGGAACUGCACAAGUCUCAGGAGCUUGUCAAUCAAUAAUGAGAUGGAGUCUCUUGAAACAUUGAUUCUUUCAGGUUGCAAGAAUCUUAAAAGGUUUCCAGAGAUUACCAGAAAAAUGGAACAUUUGCUGGAGCUGCAUAUAGAUGCCACAGGUAUUGAAGAACUUCCCUCUUCAGUUGAAAAUCUCAGCAGCCUAAAGGUUCUUAAUCUCUCGGGCUACUCUGUACUUGAAAAUUCACCACCAUCCUUUCUACAGUGGAUACAUAGGAACGGCUGCAGAGUACUACUAUCCAGUCAGAAUCACAAGCUUUCCAAAAAAAGUCCGAAUUCCUUGGCUCUGAGGCUACCUCGUUUAUCAGGUUUUAGUUCUUUAACAGAGCUGGAUAUAAGUGGCAGGAAUCUUUGUGAAGGGGCUCUUCCUAGUGAUAUAUGUAGCUUAUUCUCAUUGGAAAAACUGAUUCUUAAGGACAACAAUUUCGUCAGCCUACCUACAAAUCUUUGUCAACUUUCCAACCUUCAUCUUCUCGAAUUGGCGGAUUGCAACAAGCUUGUAACAUUGCCUCAGCUUCCAUCAAGCAUAAAUGCAGUAGGGUUGGAUGGUUGCGCUUCAUUGGAAAUAGUUCCAAAUCUAGCAAAAGCGAACACUGCAUUGAAUAAGAUACAUUAUUAUGGUGUUAACUGCUUCAAAUUGGCUGCGAAUAAUAAUGCAUUAAGAAUGCUAAAAGGACAUCUUAAGAUAGUUGCGAAUGCAAGACAAAUGUUUGACAUUCUUAUACCUGGAAGUGAAAUCUUUGAAUGGUUUAGUUACCAGAAUGAGGAAUGUUCAGUAAGGAUACCCAAUUUGCAAAAUGAUAUUCAGUGGAUGGGAUUUGCCUUGUGUUGUGCUCUUGUGCCUGCCUCUAAUAAUGAUGCUUGGACGGGAGAGGAAAUUAACUGUAUUAUUAAAAUCCAUUUUGAAGAUUUUGCAUGUGAGGUACCCACUGCAGGGUAUUUAUUUAAUAGCAAAUCAGGCCAGAUCUCCGAGGACCACCUUUGGCUACGCUAUUUGCCUCGUGACAUUUUAGACAAUUUUGUGGAAGUCCGAUGCAUUUUUGACCUUUUCAACAAAUUUUUCGAAGACCAAAGCUCUUUUGACAGUUUAGAGAAUUUUUUUGAGAACAGAAGCAGCCAAUUUGAGAUUUUAAGGAGUGGAGAUUGGAUACGGAGUUGUAUUGGAAUCGAGAUUUUAUUUGAAACCCUCGGCAUUGGUACCAAGGUGAACAAGUGUGGGGUUCGAUUAGUGUAUCCAAGUGAUUUGGAGGACUUGGACCCAACGAUGGAGCAGCCUAGCACUUCAACUUCACCAAAUUCUCAUCAUACCCGUCAACAUGCGACUCAUGGGCUGAGCAAAAAAGGAAAAGAGACUCUUGAUGGAUCAACAGGUUGAAAAGGUCAUAAAAGCAGGACAGAGGUGAAAUCCUUUGCGGAUAUUGUUUUGGCCCUCUCAUCUUUGCCGUUAGCAUUUCAGCUUAGUUGUGCACGGUUUAACAGCUUUGUGUGAAUGUAGUAUUAAUUAAACCUAAGUUGUGUUGUAACGUGCAUUUGAAUAUUUCAUUUUUUUAUAAGUGUUUGUGUUCUUUACUUGAAAAGGUGUGGUUUACAAAGUUUAAAAUUGUGUAUUCCAAGUGAAUAAAAAUAGCACUUCAAUUAUGUUGCUACUCUA